AACUGGUGGGAUGGGCACUACCACGAAGAAUAUUUAAGGAAGGAGGUGCAUCCUUGGAAAGCAGCAAUUGCAGGAGAGCUCCAAGGCAAGUGAAACGGGCUCAACUGAAAGGUACGGCAAAAUCCUCUCUGGAAUACAUCUCCACCUUACAUAGGCAGUAAGUAGAAUUGCCUCUAUUUAUUCCACCUUAAAUUAGUAGAAUGGCCUCUAUUUUUUGCACCUUGAAAUUAGCAGUGAUUCAAAUUCCCUAGCUUGAUUUUAAAUCAGUACAUAAUCAAGUCCACUGCAAAUUCUUUGUGCUACCUGUUGUUAGGCUUUGUGACACCGGUUAGAACAUAGAGUUUGCUAACACGCCUAAUCUAUUUGAUUUUAGAUUGUGAUCAGUAUUUUACAGCCAGCAACAAGAUCCACAACAGCUUCAAUAAUGCCCCCACAGCUGAAAGCCGAGAUGAACGUCAUGCCCAAGGUUGUCCAGGGGGAUUUGGAGAGUCUGUCUCCAGAAGCAAGGGAAUUCAUCGAGACGAAUGCCAAGCUGUGCCAGCCCGAGUGCAUUCACAUCUGCGAUGGCUCGGAAGAGGAGAACAAGAAACUCCUGGACAUCAUGGUGGAACAAGGCAUGAUCAAGAAGCUGAACAAGUAUGAGAACUGCUGGUUGGCUCUCACUGAUCCAAGAGAUGUGGCAAGAAUUGAGAGCAAAACUGUCAUCAUCACUCAAGAGCAGAGAGAUACCACUCCCAUGCCUAAAACUGGAACGAGCCAGCUGGGGCGCUGGAUGUCUGAGGAGGAUUUUGAGAAAGCCUUCAACACCAGGUUCCCAGGCUGCAUGCAAGGACGUACCAUGUAUGUCAUCCCCUUCAGCAUGGGACCUAUCGGGUCACCUUUGUCCAAGAUUGGGAUCGAGCUGACCGAUUCACCCUACGUAGUGGCCAGCAUGAGGAUCAUGACACGGAUGGGAACAGAUGUUUUGAAAGCCCUGGGCAACGGGGAGUUUGUAAAAUGCCUUCACUCAGUUGGGUGCCCUCUUCCGCUAAAAGAGCCAUUAAUCAACAACUGGCCGUGCAACCCGGAGCUGACGCUGAUCGCUCAUCUCCCGGAUCGCAGGGAGAUCAUUUCGUUUGGCAGCGGCUACGGGGGAAACUCCUUGCUGGGGAAGAAAUGCUUUGCUCUCCGAAUUGCCAGCAGGCUGGCCAAAGAGGAGGGCUGGCUCGCAGAGCACAUGCUGAUCCUGGGAAUUACUAAUCCAGAAGGUAAAAAGAAGUACUUUGCUGCAGCAUUCCCUAGUGCAUGUGGAAAAACUAACUUGGCCAUGAUGAACCCAAGCCUGCCAGGAUGGAAAAUUGAGUGUGUGGGUGAUGAUAUUGCCUGGAUGAAAUUUGAUGAACAAGGCAACUUGAGGGCAAUCAAUCCUGAAAAUGGCUUUUUUGGUGUCGCCCCUGGAACUUCAGUCAAAACAAACCCCAAUGCCAUUAAAACCAUAUUCAAGAACACCAUCUUUACCAACGUGGCAGAAACCAGUGACGGAGGGGUUUACUGGGAAGGCAUUGAUGAGCCCCUGCCAGCUGGAGUAACAGUGACCUCAUGGAAGAACAAGGAUUGGACCCCAGACAACGGAGAACCUUGUGCUCACCCCAACUCCAGGUUCUGCUCCCCAGCCAGGCAGUGCCCCAUCAUGGAUCCUGCAUGGGAGUCUCCCGAGGGCGUUCCCAUCGAGGGGAUCAUCUUUGGAGGCCGCAGACCAGCUGGUGUCCCUCUUGUAUAUGAGGCCUUUAACUGGAAGCAUGGAGUAUUUGUAGGAGCAGCCAUGAGAUCUGAAGCAACAGCAGCUGCUGAGCACAAAGGCAAAGUCAUCAUGCACGAUCCCUUUGCCAUGAGGCCUUUCUUUGGCUACAACUUUGGCAAGUACUUGGCCCACUGGCUGAGCAUGGCUCACCGUCCAGCUGCAAAACUGCCCAGGAUCUUCCACGUGAACUGGUUCCGGAAAGACAGCCAAGGGAGAUUCCUGUGGCCUGGCUUCGGAGAGAACUCCCGCGUGCUGGAGUGGAUGUUCAACAGGAUUGAAGGGAAAGCCUCUGCCAAAACGACUGCCAUAGGUUACAUCCCUACUGAUACUGCUCUGAACUUGAAGGGCUUAGAUGAUGUCAACCUGACCGAACUGUUCGAGAUCUCGAAAGAGUUCUGGGAAAAGGAGGUAGAAGAAAUCAAGCAAUAUUUUGAAGUGCAAGUUAAUGCUGACCUUCCCUAUGAAAUAGAAAGGGAAUUGCUUGCCUUAGAGAUGAGGAUAAAACAGCUGUAAGCUGAUCAAACUCACAAUUAUUUAUCAAUUCGCACAUGCUAAGACAGGGCAGACACGUUUUACCAAAUCACCACUGGAAGCAUAACAGCACACUGAUGGGCAGGGGGUUAUAAUGAAAGUAGGUCAUAGCUUAGUUAGGAUAUGGACACAGAGACAUUCUAGAAAUAACUCCAGACCUAAUGAUUUAUAACUGCAUCGGUUGUUGUGAAUAGGUGAGCAGCUGUGGGAGUGCACGUGUGCAGGGUCUGAAACCCCUGCUCUGUCACUUACAUGCACACAGAGCCAUGAUGGGUGUAAAUUAUUUGCCUAGUUCUGCAGAUACAAUCCAAACCAAUCCAGCCUUCAAGUUGUAGCACAUUGUUUCCAUCAUAGAAACCUCUGGAGUCUCAGACUCCGCUCGAAAGAGGAGAGAAAAUUAGAUGCUGUAUAUAUGUAUUACCUAAACGUAUUUCAUGUCUUAAAUACUUUUUAGAAAAAUGAAGUUGUAACUUCUAUCAGAGUGAAAGAUGACUUUAUAUUACUAAUGCAUAUUUAAGAUAUUGCUAUUAUAUAUUACUCAUGUUCCUGUGAUUUCCAGAUGUUUUGAAUGGCUUGUUCUUAAACUAUAAAAUAAAUGUUUAUACAAAACAUUACCUCAUUUCCAGUAUUCUUGCUGUUUAUAAACUGCAUGCAUAUAAAUUGAGGCUCCUGUCAAUACCACAGCACAGGGACAGAUGUACAUGUGGAAGUUAGAUGUUGACUAGAGUUGAUCUGCUACUCCUGAGCCAAGUUUAAGCCACAUACUGUCUCUGCAGCUUUGGUUCAAGCCAAAGGAGUGAUCCAACAAUUAUGAUACCAGCUGUGAGCAGUCAUCCAGAUGGUGACACACUCUUCAUAACUGGGCACUGUUAGUUACUGCAGGCAUUUAUAAAAUAAACUACCCUCUAGGAAAGCCCCAUCUUAGGACCUUGCUCAUUUGUUAAAGUCAUAGGAUUUGUCCCUGUUCCACAGUACCUUGGCUUUUGCAAGAGUAAUGAGUGCAGCUGUUGAAGUAAAGAGAAUUUGGGAAAAAGUUUUCCAGAUUUGUCGGGAUGCCUAAAGCCUUAGAGCUCAAUGAAAAUCAGGGAGGGAACCUGUGUUGGCUUCCUUGUUGAGCCAAGACACUAAAACCAGCCUAUGUUCUCCCAAUUAGAGGUGUCAUUUAUGUGCUUCCCAUGUCCCUGGCCAGUAUCCUACUUUUUCACUUUGAAUGCUUGAUCUCCCAAACAUACUGCAAAUAUUUGCUUAGCAAAAAGAAAAUCACUUACAUUGUGUAAUAAGCCUUUUUACAGACCCUGCUUCCUUGCAGAGCAAACAGUGCCAGGGCUGGUCAACAACUGCCCUUCAAAGUUUGCUAGGAGAGGUCACAUAAUCUGAAAAGGCUCUAACUACCCCCUGACCCCAUGUUUAACACUUAACACAAACAUCAUCAGUUCUGAAAUGAAUAAUAGAGCCCAAGUCAAUGCAUAGGUCACAAAAGAACAGAGUGGAAAGCUGUGAUGGAAGUGGAGGAGAGUGGUGCAGAGGUGAUCAAAAUCACAUCUGCAUCUCUUAUAGGGUCAUCUAUAUGUGUCCUCUCGAGUGAGCUCCAAAUUAACAGAAAAAUCAAGGUGGAAGUGAGUAAAUAAGUCAGAAGAAGUGAGCCAAGGAAGACUGGAAUGUGCACUCCUCAUAUUCAAUCAUUAUUAUCAAGUGUAUAAAAUAAAGCUGCUAA